UCCGCCGACUUCUUCGACCCCGACAACAAGCGCGCCGUGCAGCUGCGGGAGCGGGUCGCGCUGGAGACGCUCGACGAGCUGCUCGACUACAUCCUGGAACAGGGCGGCAGCGUGGGCAUCCUGGACGCGACCAACAGCACGCUGGAGCGGCGCAAGGCGAUCAUGGACCACAUCCGGAAGCGGGCGGGCCCCGAACUGGGCGUGUUGUUCCUCGAGAGUCGCUGCGUCGACCCGGUGCUGCUCGAGUCGAAUAUGCGGCUCAAGCUGUCGGGCCCCGACUACAAGGACCAGGACCCGGUCAAGGCGCUGGAGGACUUCAAGAAGCGGGUGGCGCUCUACGAGAAGUCGUACGUGCCGCUGGGCGAGUACGAGGAACAGCACAACAUGCCCUACGUGCAGAUGAUCGACGUCGGGCGCAAGGUGGUCGCCCACCAGACCAACGGCUUCCUCUCGUCGCAGGUGGUCUACUACCUGCUCAACUUCAACCUGUCGCCGCGGCAGAUCUGGAUCACGCGGCACGGCGAGAGCAUCGACAACCAGCUGGGCCGCAUCGGCGGCGACUCGGAGCUGAGCGAGAACGGCCACCGCUACGCCAAGGCGCUGGCGCGCUUCAUCGACGACCAGCGGAAGCGGUGGGAGGCGCACCAGAAGCAGAAGGAGAUGAGCCAUUUCCCGCCGCAUCCGGGCGACAGCACGCCGCCGAACCCGGCGUACGGGCCGCGCGACCGGCCGCGCAACUUCUGCGUGUGGUCGUCGAUGAUGGUGCGCGCCAUCCAGACGACGCAGUACUUCAACGAGGACGACUACGACAUCAAGCAGAUGCGCAUGCUGGACGAGCUGUACGCCGGGCGCAUGGAGGGCAUGACCUACGACGAGAUCAAGGAGAAGUUCCCCGAGGAGUACGAGCACCGCAAGCGCGAGAAGCUGCAGUACCGCUACCCGGGGCCCGGCGGCGAGGGCUAUCUGGACGUGAUCAACCGGCUGCGGGCCGUGAUCAUCGAGGUCGAGCGCAUGACGGACCAUGUGCUGCUGGUCGGCCACCGGUCGGUCGCGCGCGUGCUGCUGGCGUACUUCCUGGGCCUGGACCGCGACCAGGUCGCCGGCCUGGACGUGCCGCUGGGCGUGCUGUACAUGCUCGAGCCCAAGCCCUACGGCGUCGACUUCAAGGUGUACCGCUACAACCCGGACACGGACUGGUUCGACUAUCUGCCCGACUUUAAGCUGCACCAAGCCAGUCCGCUGCAGUAG